AUGGGGGCAGGCGCAUUAGCCAUCUGUCAAAGUAAAUCAGCAGUGAGGCUGAAGGAAGACAUGAAAAAGAUAGCUGCGCUGCCACUGAACAAGCAGAGGGACGAUCGCUGUCAGAAGGUGUUCGGUGUGAGUCUCCAGGACCUCCAGCAGCAGGGACUUACCAAGAAUGGUCUCCCAGCAGUGGUGUGGAAUACAGUAGAAUAUCUGACCCAGCACGGGCUGACACAGGAAGGUCUCUUCAGGGUGAAUGGUAACAUGAAAAUGGUGGAUCAGUUGCGUCUGAAAUAUGACCGAGGGGAGGAAGUGGAGCUGGCUAAAGAUGCUGAUGUGUGCUCAGUAACCAGUUUGCUGAAAUUAUUUCUGAGGGAGCUGCCAGAUGGGGUGAUCACUUCUGCAUUGCAUCCCAGAUUUAUACAGCUUUACCAGGACCCUAGAAAUGAUGCUGAGAAGGAGAACAACUUGAAAGAACUAAUGAAAGAGCUGCCUGAUGCCAACUACUGCCUGCUGAAGUACCUGUGCCGGUUCUUGACCCGAGUUGCUGAGCAUCACACGGUGAACAGAAUGAACAUUUUCAAUCUGGCCACCAUUUUUGGACCAAGUUGUUUUCACGUGCCUUCUGGAUUUGAAGGUAUGAAGGAACAGGAAAUCUGCAACAAAAUAAUGGCCAAAAUGCUGGAAAACUAUAAUACCUUGUUUGAGCUGGAGCACACAAAGAAGGAUGAUGAAAAUCAUGCAUGUGAAGAGCUAGCAAGAAUUAUUUUAGUGAAAGUGAGUACCUAUAAUAUUUCCCUGCCUAUCAAUCUGACAAGAGCUUUAGAAAGAGAGGCACCGAAGUCAACGCUACGAAGCAAGAUCACAAAGUCCACGAGGGAAGGAUCUGUACAGGAACGCCUCUUGCCACAACCAGAGUUGUCGGAUGGAAUUCCUCAAGUCAGCCUCCGAUUAACUGACAGUAGUGCAUGUUUGGAGGAAAUGGAUUUACCAGAUGAAAUCUCUUUCAUUAACAGUGCUGCAUUCUUCUCCAGUUCCCAAGAAGAUGAGCGGCCCAUGUCACCCUUCUAUUUGAGUGCCCAUGUAUCCCAAGUGAGCAGUAACAUUCCUACAACUGGAGAAUAUUUAGAGAAGACAAUCCGCUCAGCAGUGGAACAGCAUCUCUUUGAUGCUCAUGGCUCAGGUGGGCAGAGUUCAGAGGACUCUGAAUCAGGAACAUCAUCAGCCUCUUCAAAUGUGUCCACCAGGCAGAGGAGGCGGCAUCACAAAGAACAAGAUGAAGGCCGACGAAACAGAGACGUAGAGGUCAUCAACAAAGAAAACAUUCCUUCUGGAUUUGGAAACCUUGAAGAUUGUAUUCUGACUCCUCAGGAAGUAGAAAAAUUACAAGAAAACAACUCCGGGUAUAUUGGAGAAAGGAAUAAACCAAAACGGCAGAAAUCCAGCACUAAACUUUCUGAGCUUAACGAUAACCAGGAUAGCCCUGUGAGUAUGGAAAGCUUUAGCUCCUCAAGGCCGAUAGCCAGAGCAGGACCUGAUGACAUGGAGGUUUUGUCUGACGAAAGCAAAGAAAAUGAAAAUGACGAUGUGUUUUUCAGGCACUCACAGCAGAUUUCGAGCAUGAAGAUUCAGGAGCACCCGAGCAUUCCUGAAACCAAAUUACAGAGGAACCAAGAUGCUGAUGGUCAGGAAGACAGCGUCGUCUCAGAAGUGCCUCGGCUGGACUUGACAGCCUUGUGCGAUGACAACAGCUGGGAAGAGCCCAUCCCAGUUUUCUCCUCCAGAGAACGAGAAGGCUUAGACUCCGACGAAGCUCACCUGUCCCCACAGGCCGGAUGUCUAAUUCGGCAGCUUCUGGAUGAGGACAGCGAUCCAAUGCUGUCUCCUCGUUUCUAUGCCUAUGGGCAAAGCCAGCAGUACCUGGAUGAUACAGAAGUGCCUCCCUCCCCUCCUGACUCCCAUUCAUUCAUGAGGAGACGGAGUUCUUCUUUAGGAUCUUGUGAAGAUGACCGAGAGGAUCUGACACCUGCACAGCUGACCCGGAGGAUUCAGGGGCUUAAGAAGAAGAUCAGGAAGUUUGAGGACAGAUUUGAGGAGGAGAGGAAAUACAGACCUUCCCACAGUGACAAAGCAGCCAACCCAGAGGUGCUGAAAUGGACAAAUGAACUGGCAAAAUUUCGGAAGCAGCUUAAAGAGUCAAAACUAAAGAUAUCGGAAGAGGAUCUGGCUCCUGUGAUGCGCCAGCGGAGCAACACACUCCCCAAGAGCUUCGGGUCACAGCUUGAGAAGGAAGAUGACAAGAAGCAAGAUCUGUCCGAUAAAUCUGCAAAACCUGCGGUGGAGGUGACCUUAGACUCCAUCCAGAAGAAGCUGCAAGAAAAACGAGCAGAGACGAACCGGCCGGAGGACAUUAAGGACAUGACUAGAGAUGAGAUAGCAGCUGAGAAAGUGGCUCUUCAGAAAGCACUCUUAUAUUAUGAAAGCAUUCAUGGAAGACCGGUAACAAAAAAUGAGCGCCAGGUGAUGAAGCCCUUGUAUGACAGGUACCGCUUGGUCAAACAGAUCCUCUCCAGGGCCAACAGCAUCCCUGUUAUUGGUUCCCCCUCCAGCAAGCGGAGAAGCCCUUUGCUGCAGCCAAUUAUCGAGGGUGAAACAGCUUCCUUCUUCAAGGAGAUAAAGGAGGAAGAGGAGGGUUCCGACGAGGACAGCACCGUGAAACCAGAUUUCACAGUCACCCUGAAACCAGAUUUCAGCGUGCGGAGUUUCCUGGAUCAACUAGAAGAUGAGGCUGAUGGCUUCAUUUCUCCAGUGGAUGAUAAGAUGCCUUCAAAGAGCAGCCAGGACAUGGGGCUUUCUACCCUCCAUGCUGCUUCUAUGCCAGAACUCUUAGAGCAGCUCCAAGAAGUCAGGGAAGAGAAAAAACGGAUCAGAAAAAAAUUGAGAGAAUUUGAAGAUAAUUUUUUCCGACAAAAUGGAAGAAAUGUCCAGAAAGAAGAUCGUACUCCCAUGGCUGAAGAAUACAAUGAAUACAAGCAGAUUAAGGCAAAGCUGAGAUUGCUGGAGGUGCUGAUCAGUAAAAGAGAUAUUAGUUCCAAGAGUAUGUAAUGAAGCUGAUCGACUUUGCAGAGAGGCUAAGAAGAGACCGAGACAACGAGAUGAAUGCAUGAAGGGUGCAGCAGGAGCCCGACAAUGAGGGGCUUAGCAGCUCCCCAAGAACUGAAAGGCCAUUUUUAGAGGUGGGAGGUGGAGGAAGGGUGGCUUACAUCACUCUCUGCACUUGCUGUAGUCCAUUGUGCCACCAGGCCAGUCACCUAGACUGGGGUUGCCAGCAAGAGAGAGGUGAUGCUACGCUCAGAGACUGCGCCGAAAGGGUCCUUAGCUUUGAUUCGCUUACCAAUUCUGUCAUGUUUAGAAUAUCAGAGUCAGAUUACGUUUUUCCAGAGAAUCAUACUGAGGGGCUGACUGCUCUGAAUAGUGAUGAAUCGUCCAAUAACGUCCUCUUCUUUCCCAACCGAGUGCCCAGUCCAAUGGAACGUGACACACGGUUCCUGCUGUCGGGAAGUCCUGAGGCUGUUCUCUCUUAGCUACGGUGACAGUGAGCUCAGGCUCUCAAAUUGCCUGUAGGUUUGGUGUUUGGGAAUUUGGCCUUUUCAGUUACCCCAUUGAGUGCUGGAGAAUUGCUAUUAAUCAACGCCCUGCCUACUGCGUUGGACUUUAGUGUGACUUUUCCUAGUGUUUGAUUUUCUUACACCUGUUUUCUAGCUGUCACUUCUGCUUAGGUAGAUGGUAGCUGCCUCUGAUCAGAAAAGCACUGUCAAAGGAAAUUCAGCAAUACGCUUAGUUGCCGGGUCGCCUUAGCUGGCAUUUUGAAUUGUGACACUGGGACUGUGAUUGGGCAUUUGGAUCAGAGUGGAGGUUCUGAUGGCAGCAGUCAGAAUCCUAUUGGAUUUUAGUAGCUGAGAUGUUCUAUUGAAAUAACGCGCUGCUCUGUCACUACAGCUCUCCCAGUUCAGGUAUCUGGUAAGCAGAGUGAAGAUCUGUCCACAUCAGCAUAGACAGACCACCAAUCUUUCAGUGUCUGAUAUUGACAUUAAAGACUGAGCUGGACAGUCCAUACACAUAUAGUGCACAUACCCUAAACUUUGUUCUUCUGUGCACCUAAAUGGUAAGACCACAUGGAUUGCAGCACUAAGUGUGAAUGGCAGAGAUGGGGAUACAGAACACAGUGAACUCAUGGUCUUUUCUUCCUGAUGAUAAGUGCAAAUAUAAACACUUUGGAGGAGAGGGGAUGGUUCAGGAAAUGGGAAACUUUGAGCCAGAUUCUGCCCUUGGAAGUGUGUGAGUCUGAGGUCAAAAGUUGGAACUUAACACACACAAAUCAACAUGAACAAUUUUCAGAAAGGAAAACUUUGUUGUGAAUGAAUUAUAGACAGGUAUUUUAGACGCUCAUUUUAGACGUUUGCUAUUUUGAAGGGAAAUGAGCUUAAAAAAAAGUGGAAGGCUCUUAUUUCUGUCAUGCUGAGCCAUCAGGCUCCAUUAUUUCCUUACGUCACCCUCAAGAGCUUCAAUGUGCAGCUUCACACAGCCCAGGGAGAGGCCCCUACUUGGAACUAAGGCAAGAAUUCUGACUUCCCAGGGCAGGCUUCAUCCCUGCUGCAUGUAGGUGGAGCAAGCCAGCAUGCUCCCUCCUGCAUACUGAUCCCAUCAGUGAGCCAGUGUGGAGGAGCAAGGCAGUGGAUAUUGAGUGCAGGGAUUGCAAUUGUACUUGGCCCUUGUGUAGGUCAGACGAGGGGGUGGGAAGCCUGCCUGUGCCCUACCCCAUGCUUACAUACCAGGACAGUCUGGCUCCAAGAUACGUGGCAGUUCAUGCUCCCUAAGUGCAUUUCCCCCACAUUGCUAUGUUAUGUUGACUCUUGCCACAAUAGAUACAGAAUAUCUACUGCAUGUUUCAAUAGCUUCUGUAUCUCAAAACUUACUAAAAAGAAAUAUGUCUCUCUCUUCCCCAUCCAUGAACCCUGGCAAGGUUCUCUAGAACUGUCAG